AGCACGCCGGCUGCGGUUAUUAAGAAUUAAAGUGUUAUUUAUUCGUAAUUUAGGACAACUGUUGCACACACGGAACCGCCAUGUCCCAGACCAUGCCGCCGGAAAACCUAAGCAGCCGCCUGUUGACGGUGCUCAGUUUGCCUUUGCUCGAUCGCGUGCACGAGCUGAGCAUCCUGUUCGAUCGCUGCUCCCUGCGCCAAAUCCAGGAGAUAUUCCCCCACAUAGUGCACUCGAUAUUCGGGAUCAAUGGCAAUCCGCUGGGCUGGGGCCUGCGGACGACGACGCUGGAGAAUAAUGCGCUGCACUUUCAGACGCUCAACCAGUUCUUCGGCGUUUGUGGUCCGUGGAUGCACCUCUGUCAUCGCCUCCUUUUGGAUCAAUGCAAAUUUGAACUGGACAUCAACCUGCUGCCGGCCAAGUUUGUUAGCAUGCUGCAGUCUGGUCAGAAUCCCCGUUUCUAUGCGGAGCUCAUCAAUAUCGACGCCCUGAUGCACCAAGUAGCCACCCUCUCGCUGAACGCCUUCGACUUCUACGUGAUCCACUUUGUGCUGUACGCCCUGCAGCCGCUGCACUCCAUCAAUCCCAUCGCCAUGCAGAUUCACAAUGUGCGCAGCAAGACGAUCUAUUUGAAGUUGGUUUCCGAGUACCUCAACAACUUCCUGCCUUUAGUGCCCGAUGCCCGCAUAGAGCCAGUACACUUUAGCGGCGGCGUCAAGGCCCCGCAGCCGCUGCCCGCCCAGGCAUUGCAGCCGCAGAGGCAGCCGCGUUAUCUGAAGAUUCCCAGCUCCUAUCGCAAUGGCGGGAAUGUUUCGGGCGGCGGAGGCAGUCCAAAUACCAGCGGUGGCAGUGGUAACACCUCGCCGCAGGGUAACAGCCCAAAUGCCAGCGCAAACAGAGCCUACGCCUGGCGUUCGGAGAGCGUACUGCACUUCUUCGUGGACAUCUGGCUGCGGUACGACAUCGAGUCGGAGCACCACCUGCCCAGCAGCGAUUUUGUGCGCGGCGUACGCACAUUGGUGAAGCAGGUUCACUUCUUUGCGAAUGGCGCCCAGCAGGAUCACAGUUCGCUGUGCGCUUUACGUAAAAUAUCGCUGAGCAUGGUGAAGGCCAGGAUCUAUGCCUUUCUGUGUGGUUUAAUUGAUCGCUGGCCUCUGGACAGUUCGCUGAUGGUGGUGCUGGAGCUCUGGCUCAGUUAUAUUCAGCCUUGGAGAUAUACUAUGGCGGCGCUGAACAACAAGACUCCCAGUCUUGCCUACAGACCGCCCAUUUCGACCUGCUUCGAUGGCUUCAUCAUCGACAAUCUGAUUAUGUACACUCACAUAUUCAUGCAACUGCUGCCGCACUUUGGUCGCCUGGAUUAUACCGUCUAUCGAAACGCCUUUAUGCUGUACCGCCUGGCCACAAUGUUCGCCCAGCACGAUUUGGUAGAGCGAUUGCAGCGUUUUGAGCGUCUUCAUGCAGGCAACGCCUAUGGAUUUGAUUCGCCCCAACGACAAGUCAACAUGAUGAACAAAUCCUAUUCGCCAGGAUCGCAGUGGAACCACGUGGUUAACACCAACCCGACGAAGCUGUUUAGUCACUCCAUGCAAACGCAAAUGGAAAGCUUCCUUUUCCUGAUCAGCAUGGCACGGAAUUCAGUGCUCAGGGACAUUGCUUCGCUGCGAAACGAUAUUGCCGAGAGACAGCGCUCUGAGGGUUUCCUCAAGAACUUCUUCAACAAGCUGUUCGGCGAGUGCACCCAGGAUGAAGUGACCCUGCGCGAGUUCAGUCGCAUUCCAGAGGUUUUACGGCAAUGCAUCGACGCUUUUUGUCGAACUUUUAAUGUGGACCAAGCCAACUUGUCUAUGCAUGAAAACCUGCCAGUGGAACCUUGUCCGCCUGCCUCUACCACAGUGCAGAACUUCAGCUUCUUCGACUCUAGCGACUCCCUGGACACCUCAAAGCUGAAUCCGCACCAAAUGUCGCUCAAUGCGUCGAACAUGCAUGCCACCGUUGAUCCCGCGACACUGCCCAUCCAGACCAAUGAAGUCAGAUCGUUGGUGAGAAUGCUGCACUUGGUCUCGGACAGGAUUAACAAAAGGUAUGGCAGGCAGAUACAAGCUUUUUAUCUCCGUGAUGAUUACUGCGGAAAGGUGGCGCGGCAACUCCUCUACGCUCCAAUGACAGAGCAGUGGUUCGACAAAAGCUCCGGCCAAGUGGACAUAUGCGAACAGUUGGUUCCUCCUCGAGUUUGCCUGCGGACUUUGGGUUCCAUUCCCGUUCUCAUGACCAUCGGUUGUGCCCUUAUCUUUGGGCAACUGGUGUGGGGUGCCCCCAUCGUAGGACUAAUAAUUCUGGGCACCGUGCUGCUAGUCUACACCUUGCUGCAGGCACUCUUUUCCUAGUUUAAAUAU